AUGGAUACUGAGGAACAGCCAUUAGUUAGUGCAGGAAAUGUAGAAACGGGUGCAUUAAGCAGUACAGGUACUCUCUUUGAGGAUAUACCAUGUGAAAAUGUGGGGGCAGGGGUACAGGAAGUGAUGCCACCGCCCACCAGUGCUCAAGGAGAGCGCGUGCUGGAUUACCAGGCAAAAUUUGCGCAACAGCAAGCUGAACGGGAUCGCCAGCAAGCUGAGCGAGAUCGUCAGUUAACAGAAAAUUUACUUGCCCAGCAAGCUGAGCGAGAUCGCCAGCAAGCUGAGCGAGAUCGCCAGUUAACAGAAAAUUUACAUGCCCAGCAGGCUGAGAGGGAUCGCCAGCAAGCUGAACGGGAUCGCCAGCAAGCUGAGCGGGACCAGCAACUUGUGCAAUCGUUAGAAAAUAUGAAAAAAGAGAUUGCCUGUAUGAAACAGAAUUAUGAGUCGAUACCUAAGGCCGUGCAGGAGUUGACUGUACAGGUCAGCAACCUGCAAGUAGCAAGCACUAACAGGGUAAACGAAAUAGGUGUCUUAGCCAACCGAUUAGAAAAGUUAGAAAUAGAUUCCACACAGCUUGUAGAGCAGAAGUGGAACGAACAAGCAACUAAAAUUGAAACCGAAUUCAACUCAUGGCUAGAAGUGAAGGAGAGUGAGAUCGACAAAAAUAUUAAUUUUAAGGUACAUGUUGAAAAUUAA